ACGGAAAUCCUACAAGAAGAAGAAGAAGCAGCAGAGGAGGAGGAGGAGAAGGAGGAGAAGGAGGAGAAGAAGAAGACGGUAACGAUAGGUAAAAUGGUUCACACAUGUGUGGUAUUAGGAUGCAAAAACUCUUCUCACACUGACGCAUCUGUACACAAAUGGCCAAAAGAUGUCAUUUUGGCCAAGAAAUGGGAAGAUUUUGUAAAGAUGAAAAGGGUGAACUGGAAAGGUGGGUCGAUGCACACCGUGGUGUGCAGUGCUCAUUUCAAGGCGGAGGACUACUGCAACUAUGGUCAGUGGAAAGCCGGGCUGGUAAGCCGACUUAAGUUGAAGGCGGGUGCUUUUCCGACAAUAUGGGCGCCAAAUGAAGAAACUGUCGAAAUGGGAAGUUCAAGAGAACUACUGCAUAGGGAGCGGCACUUCUGCACACCUUUGAGCAGCAGUAUGAUGCAGGCAGGAGUCUGUCUGAGACAGGACACUGAGACAACACUACCAGAGCUCACUGACCAGCACAGGACCAGACAGAAAGAAGAGGAACUCAGUGGACUGGAGUCUGUCCACAUGGCAGAGUCAGAGACAGAGUGUGCUGCACCAGGACUCAACACACUGGAGCCAGAGUGUGUUACAGCACACAGCGGGGUCAGUGAUGUACACCACACACACACAUCACUGAUUAAAACAGAAACUGAUCUGGGCUCCACCCACACUGGAGAUCUUUUUGAGACUGUGAACAUAGAUGAUAAAGAGCUGGGAUGUGUAGCCCAUCUGCAGCCUGACCAAAUCAAAACAGAGACUGAUGAUGGAGGAUACCUUAAGACAGAACACAUCAGUGACUUGCAGGAUAUUAAUAUGAAAUCUGAUAAAAUGAAGUGUGAAUCAAGUGAAAGUUUAGUGAGUGAUCUCAUGAAUACUGUGAUGAACAGCGCUGGUCUUGAUCAUGAAGACGAGCCCAAACCACUGCAAUAUACAGGAGAGCCAAAUCCAAACUGUAAAAAAGAAGAAAUUCAUGAUCUGCUGAUCCAAUAUGGGGACUUAAAUCAUCACUGUGACGCAAACAGUGAAAAUAAUCAGAUUUGGAUUGUCCAGAAAUGUUCAGACGGUAGCAGCAUAUAUGUACCCUGUCAGAGAAUGAGUGUGAUGAUAGAACCCAUGGUGGUUAAUUCUAGGAAAAUGCCAGGUCUUUUGAAUUUUUUUCAAAAAAAUAGAAUUAAUGCAGGUGAAAAGCCCUACAAGUGUCCAUACUGUGAGAAGUGUUUUAAGGCCAAGUGGGGUUUAAAUCAACACCUGAGAAUUCAUACAGGUCAAAAGCUAAACCGGUGUACACAUUGUGAGAAGUGUUUUACUUCAAAAUCUUCUUUGAAGGCACACCUGAGAAUUCAUACAGGUGAAAAGCCAUACAAAUGUAUUCAGUGUGGCAAGUGUUUUUCCCAAAUUUCUAAUUUAAAUUGCCACCAGAAAAAUCAUACAGGUGAAAAACCCUACAAGUGUCCAUACUGUGAUAAGUGUUUUAAGACCAAAUGGUAUUUAAUUCAGCACCUGAGAAUUCAUACAGGUCAAAAGCUAUACCGGUGUACACAUUGUGAGAAGUGUUUUAAUACUAAAUUUGGUUUAAAAAUACACUUGAGAAUUCAUUCAGGUGAAAAUCUGUACAAGUGUACACAGUGUCAGAAGUGUUUUAUUGCAAAAUCUUCUUUAAGUAGACACCUGAGAAUUCAUAUAGGGGUUAAGCCCUACAAAUGUUCUCAGUGCGGGAAGUGUUUUCGUGAAAAAUAUGAUUUAAAUAAGCACUUGAAAAUUCAUACAGGUCAAAAGCUAAACCGUUGUACACAUUGUGAGAAGUGUUUUACUUCAAAAUCUUCUUUGAAGGCACACCUGAGAAUUCAUACAGGUGAAAAGCCAUACAAAUGUAUUCAGUGUGGCAAGUGUUUUUCCCGAGUUGCUAAUUUAAAUUGCCACCAGAGAAUUCAUACAGAUGAAAAACCCUACAAGUGUCCAUACUGUGAGAAGUGUUUUAAGACCAAAUGGUAUUUAAAUGAGCACCUGAAAAUUCAUACAGGUGAAAAGCCAUACAAAUGUAUUCAGUGUGGCAAAUGUUUUCCCCGAAUUGCUAAUUUAAAUUGCCACCAGAGAAGUCAUACAGAUGAAAAACCCUACAAGUGUCCAAAAUGUGCGAAGUGUUUUAAGACCAAAUGGUAUUUAAAUGAUCACCUGAGAAUUCAUACAGGUGAAAUGCCAUACAAAUGUAUUCAGUGUGGCAAGUGUUUUCCCCGAAUUGCUAAUUUAAAUUGCCACCAGAGAAGUCAUACAGAUGAAAAACCCUACAAGUGUCCAUACUGUGAGAAGUGUUUUAAGACCAAAUGGUAUUUAAAUGACCACCUGAGAAUUCAUACAGGUGAAAAGCCAUACAAAUGUAUUCAGUGUGGCAAGUGUUUUCCCCGAAUUGCUAAUUUAAAUUGCCACCAGAGAAUUCAUACAGAUGAAAAACCCUACAAGUGUCCAAACUGUGAGAAGUGUUUUAAGACCAAAUCGUAUUUAAAUGACCACCUCAGAAUUCAUACAGGUCAAAAGCUAAACCGGUGUACACAUUGUGAGAAGCGUUUUAGCAGUAAAUUUGGUUUAAAAAUACACUUGAAAAUUCAUUCAGGUGAAAAUCUGUACAAGUGUACACAGUGUCCGAAGUGUUUUACUGCAAAAUCUUCUUUAAGUAGACACCUGAGAAUUCAUAUAGGGGUUAAGCCCUACAAAUGUUCUCAGUGCGGGAAGUGUUUUAAUGAAAAAUUUGAUUUAAAAACGCACAUGAGAAUUCAUACAGGUGAAAAGCCAUACAAGUGUACACAGUGUGAGAAGUGUUUUCGAACAAAAUCUGAUUUCAGUACACACCUGAGAAUUCAUACAGGUGAAAAGCCCUAUAAGUGUACACAGUGUGAGAAGUGCUUUAAUGCAAAGUCUUCUUUAAAUACACAUGUGAGAAUUCAUACGGGUGAAAAGCCUUACAAGUGUUCUGAGUGUGGGAAGUGCUUUGCCAAGAAAUCUCAUUUAAAUAUCCACCAGAGAAUUCAUACAGGUGAAAAGCCCUACACAUGUACUCAGUGUGGGAAAGGCUUUUCCACAAUAUUUCAUUUAAAUACACACCUGAAAAUACAUACAGGUGAAAAGCCUUACAAGUGUACGCAGUGUGAAAAGUGUUUUAAUGCAAAAUCUUCAUUAAAUACACACCUGAGAAUUCAUACAGGCGAAAAGCCCUACAAAUGUUCUCAGUGUGGGAAAUGCUUUGCCAAAAAAUCUCAUUUAAAUAUCCACCAUAGAAUUCACACGGGUGAAAAGCCCUACAAAUGUACUCAGUGUGGGAAGGGCUUUUCCACAACAUUUCACUUAAAUACACACAUGAGAAUUCAUACAGGUGAAAAACCUUAUAAGUGUUCACAGUGUGAGAAGUGUUUUACUGCAAAAUCUUCUUUAAAUGCACAUCUGAGAAUUCAUACAGGUGAAAAGCCUUUCAGGUGUACACAGUGUGGGAAGUGCUUCUCCACAAUAUCUCCUUUAAAUAUCCACCAGAAAGUUCAUACAGGAGAAAAAUUGUACAAGUGUGUACAAUGUGAGAAGUGUUUUUAUACAAAAUCAAGUUUAGAUAUACAUCUUAGAAUCCAUACAGGUGAAAAGCCUUACAAGUGUAUACAGUGUGAGAAGUGUUUUAAUGCAAAAUCUUCUUUACAAACACACCUGAGAAUUCAUACAGGUGAAAAGCCUUUCAAGUGUGCACAGUGUGGGAAGUGCUUUUCCACAGUAUCUCCUUUAAAUAUCCACCAGAAAAAAAUUCAUACAGGUGAAAAGCCUCAUAAGUGUACACAGUGUGAGAAAUGUUUUUAUACUAAAUAUAGUUUAGACCUACACCUGAGAAUUCAUACAGGUGAAAAGCCCUAUAAAUGUACUCAUUGUGGGAAGUGCUUUGCUCAAAUGUCUAAUUUAAGUAGCCACCUGAGAAUUCAUUCAAGUGAACAGCCCAAAACAUGCUCUUAGUGUGGUAAGUGCAUUUCCACAAUAUCUCAUUUAAAUAUCCACCAGAGAAUUCAUACGCAUUCAUACUACAAAUGUAUUUAUUGUGGGGUGUGUUUUUUCCCCCCAAGUUUUUAAUUUGCCCUAUGAGAAUUCACUUGGGUAAAAAGCCUGACAAAUGUUUUCUGUAAGGAAAGUGCUUGUCCCAAACGAGUGGAUUAAAUUUACACAAGAUGCUUCACACUGAUGUAGCCCCCUACAUGUUUACAGUGUGGGAUGUGUUUUUAUAGAAAAUAUAAUUGACAUGCCACCAGAGUGUUCACACAGCUAAAAAGCCUUACAAAUGUUUUCAGUAUGGGAAGUGCUUUUUGGCCAAAGUCAUUUAAAUGAAAGCCACCUGAAAAUUUAUACAACUCUUUUAAACGUAUUCAUCAUUUAAC